AUGGAAAAGCCGCACAAACUAGCUGAUUAUGAUGGAAAGGAGGAAUUUGAUGAACACGUGCAACUUGUGGACGAAAGCCUGAGUUACUUCACCUGCGACGAAGCCUCCAAAUGGAAUUUUUUUGCACUCACCCUAGUCGGACUACCUCAAUUAUGGUUUAAUGGCCUACAUGAUGGGUGCAUUAAUUUAACCGCCCAAUUUUAUAAGAGGUUUUCGGUUUUGUUGAAGUAUUGCACAUAUAAUAUUGUGGUUGAUGAAAUUUUUAUUUGGGAUUGGAGUAAUUCAAUCAACAAGACAUUGAUGAGAUCUGACUUCGAAGAAGCAACUACUGAAGUCGAAGUUGAUGCAAUUGUUGAAACUCGAGUCAAAGUCGAAGCAGUUACAAAUAUUCCUGACACAGUCGAAGUCGAAGAUGGUGUGAUUGAUAUUAGCCAAAGACCUCAAAGAACUCAAACUCUUCCAGUAAGACUUCAAGACUAUGAUGUGGCCGGUGAUGGUGAAGUCACACCAGAUGGACAAUUAAUUCAUUUUGCUUUACUAGGAGGGGGAAGCAAAGUGAAAAGAAAAAGAAUCGGGUUUAUGAAUAGAACAGGGGAAGCGGAUGUCUGUUUUAUACAGGAGACUAAGUUGUCAGGUAUAAAUGAGGGCAUGGUUAAGGAGAUGUGGGGAGAGGACAGGUUUGAGUUUUCAUAUUUGGACGCUAUUGGGGCUUCAGGAGGGAUUAUAAGGAUGUGGAGGAAGGAUUUUUUCAAGGUUUUGUUCAGCUUUAGAGGAGAGGGUUUUCUAGGGAAGUGCAUGGAGAAGGAGGGUAAGCUGAUAUAUCUGGUAAACGUUUAUGCUUCUUGCGUUAAUUCGAAUAGAAGGAUCACGUGGAAGAAGCUGGUAGAGUAUAGCCGUAAGUUUCAAUUGGGAUAUUGGUGUGUCGGGGGCGAUUUUAAUGUUGUGUCAGCCCAAGAAGAAAGAGUGGGGUUUGCUGGAAGUAGACAUAGGAAGGAGAUAUCUCAGUUCCAAGAUUUUAUAGCUGAGAUGAAGUUGGUGGACAUCCCUACAAUAGGAGGUAAAUUCACUUGGUUCAACAGCAAUGGCAAGUCUAUGAGCAGGAUUGACAGAUUCUUACUUUCAGAGAGUUUCAUAGAGGAUUGGAACAUCGAGGGGCAAUAUAUAGGUGCUAGAGACAUCUCUGAUCACGCGCCAAUUUGGAUUAAAAACAACAGGAAGGACUGGGGGCCGAAACCAUUUAAGUUCAACAAUGGUACGGUGCAUGAAGAGGAGGUGAGAAGGAGGGCUAAAGUGGUGGAAGUUUUUUGGGAAAAUCUAUAUAAGAAGGAGAGUUAUCUAAGGCUCAAAUCAAGACAGUCGUGGCUUGCCGAGGGAGAUAAUAACACGGGGUUUUUCCACUGUUCUCUAAGAGGUAGAAGAAGCAAGAACAAGCUGUGUUCUCUUCAAUAUAAUGGUAGGAGGUUAGAGGAAGUGUCCGAAAUAAAGGAAGCUGUCUUUAAUCAUUUCAAUGGUUUCUUUAUGGAGCCGGAGCUUAACAGACCUAGGCAAGCUGGUCAAGUCCAUCUCUUCGGAUUUCAUUGCCCUCAUUCCCAAAAAUCAAAACCCCCAAGAUUUAACGGAGUACAGGCCGAUUUGCUUGGUUGGAAGUCUUUACAAAAUCUUAUCGAAAAUGCUGGCAGCAAGGAUCAAAAAAGUGCUGGGAGACUUAUUUCGUGUAACCAAUCAGCAUUUGUGCCCGGAAGGAAUAUGCUGGACGGUGUCUUGUUGGUCAACGAGGUUAUCGAUUGGGCUAAACGGAAUAAGUCAAGCUGUCUCCUUCUGAAAGUCGAUUUCGAGAAAGCUUAUGACUCUUUAUCGUGGAAUUUUCUUAGAGAUAUGUUGGUGAGGAUGGGAUUUGGCAAGAGGUGGUUGAUGUGGAUGGACGCAUGUAUUUUUUCAAGCCAUUUGUCUGUACUUGUUAACGGGAGUGCCACACAUGAUUUUAUGGUUCAUAGAGGGUUGCGUCAAGGAGAUCCGUUGUCCCCGUUCCUCUUCGUAUUAGCAAUGGAAGCCCUUACAGCUUUGGUUAGAAAUUCUGUUGUAGUGGGUGGAUUCAAACCGUUCCAGUUUAGGAUUGACGAGGGAGUCGACAUCCUUCAGUUUGCCGACAACACCAUUAUUUUUGGGGAAGCAUCUACUGCAAAUCUGUGGAAUCUGAAAGUAAUUCUGAGAGGUUUUGAGUUAAUUUCAGGUCUGAAAAUUAAUUUUUCUAAAAGCAGUGUUAUGGGAGUAAAUGUGGGAGAUUGGAUUCUGGAUGCGGCAACAAAUUUCCUAGCUUGUAAGAGAGGUAAUUCUUCCUUUUUGUUUCUUGGAAUUAUGGUGGGAGUUAACCCUAGAAAUAAGAAGGUGUGGUCUAAAGUCCUAUAUAACUUUAAGAAAAGGUUGGAUACUUGGAAGGGUCGGAAUAUAUCAAUAGGAGGUCGGGUGACGCUCAUAAACGCAGUGCUAAAUGCUAUUCCUUCCUUUACGUUUUCAUUUUAUAAAUCUCCGCUUAAAGUUUUGAAUAAAAUCAGAGGAAUCCAACGUAAUUUCUUGUGGAGCGGGAAUGCAAACAAGAGGAGCAUAAACUGGGUGAAGUGGGAUACGAUUUGUAAGCCAAAGGAUAAAGGGGGUUUAGGAGUUAGAGACGUCGGAGAAUUCAAUAGAGCGCUUCUAUUAAAGUGGAAAUGGAGGCUUUUGAAGGAUGAUGGGGCUGUUUGGAAGAGUUUUGUGCAGUGGAGGUACAAGAAUAUUAGACUUAAAGUGUUCCUGCCAGCGGGGGAAGGUUUUAACGCGAAAGAUUCGAAAUGGUGGCGUGAUGUUCUUUCCAUUGAUAUCUUAAGGGACAACUCGGAAGAAGGUUUCAGCUCCUGUGUUCAAUGUAUAGCAAACAAUGGUUCUAGCAUUUCUUUUUGGUAUAGCAUUUGGUUGGAAAAUCAAUCACUCCGAAUCUCUUUCCCGAAUUUUUUUGAUCUCUCAACCAAUAAAUAUGCAUCAGUUGGGGAUAUUGUGGAGUGGGAUAAUGGCACUCAAAGAUGGAAGUUUGAAAAUCUUUUCGAAUCUGUCUCUUAUUUUCAGGUUUUAAAUACAAUAGGAGGGCUGCAGUCGGCUAACUGGCAGCAGUUUCUGGAUAUCGUAAACUCGUAUUCGCUGGAUUCAUCUGCAGAGGACGGCUUCGUGUGGAUUCCCAGGCAAGAUGGUGUUUUUACAGUAGCCAGCGUGGCUGUUUUGCUAGAGGAGCAUAAGGAGUCUGCUUGGGGUCCUGAUAUUAAUAGGAGACUGAGCAUCAUGUGGAAAUCGUCUGUUCCGCUAAAAAUUAAAAUUUUUGCUUGGCGGUUGUUGAUUUCUAGGCUGCCCUUGAAAGAUAUGUUGGUGCUUAGAGGAAUGGUAGCGAACAUCAUAGAUCCUAAAUGCCCUUUUUGUGACAUCCAUGAGGAAUCCUUAGACCACUUGUUCUUCUUGUGCCAAGCUUCUAAGAAUAUUUGGGAAAAGGUUCUGGCGUGGAUUGGCUUUAGCUCAGGUUCUUUUUGGGAGGCGUUUUUGGGUCUAGACGAUAUUCAACUCAAGGUGACAAACUCACAUAUCCGGAAUAAAGUUAAUGUUAUUUGGUUGGCGAAUACGUGGAGCUUAUGGCUUAUGAGGAAUGAUAAUGUCUUCAACAACGUCCCUUUCAGCUUUGAGACGGUGUUUAACAGAAUUGUGUUUCUGUCGUGGAGGUGGUCGGAGUGUAGUUUUUUGUUACCUAGAUCUAGUUUCUACGAUUGGUAUAAGUUACCCUUAUAG